AUGUAACCAUUUACUUUAGUAUAAUUUUCCAUAAAGAAUUUGAGCAAAUUAUCGUUCCUUGAUCUCUUAAAGUCAAAUAUGGGAGAGGAAAUGACAGAGAUGAUGUCAUAGGAGAUUACUAGAGUCAUGGAUCAAUAGAGCAAGCUAGAGAAAGAGUAUGCUAGACUCGUUACACUUAGAUCUGAGCUAAAAGGCUUAUCAAAUAAACACAAACUUGAAGAUGUCAGAAACGAUAUUUUGAGAGUUGCAAAGGAUUUGAAAGAAUCAACAAGAACACUAUGUCGUUAACUCUAAGACAACCCAGAUGUCGAGGGGAAUCAGAGGAAAAUCAAGCAAGACAAGUAGCAUCUAGUCUAUUUCCUUGAAAAUCUCAUUAAUGAGAUGAGAGACCUGUCAUAUUCAUAAUUCAAGGCUGAGAUAAAAGCUGGACUUGAUGAGCAAGGUGAAUUUGAAAGAUUGAGAAAGUAGGAAAAAGAACUGAACUAAGAGAUUAAAAAGUUGAAUGAAGAUUUCAAGAAAGCUCAAGAUGAUUAUGCAAAAGAAGCUUUGGAGAACAAUUAAGAGAUCCUCAAUUUGAAGAAGCAGGUUAAUGAGACUAAAACAGAGGCUGAACUCUAUGUUUAAUAUAGAGAUAGAGAAACUGACGGUAAAUAAGCUUGCCAAUAGAGACAGUAUGAUAAGGUACAAAAUGAACUUGAAGAAAGAAUCAAAAUGCUAGAAAAACAAAUCAAGACUGAGAAACUUGUGAGUGAGAGAAUCAGAGGUUAUGUAGACAAGAAGACCUAAAAUCUUAAUACACUUGCUGAGGACCAAGAAAAAAUUAAGGAUAAAAAGAUCGAGUCUCUAGAAAAGGAAAAGGACGAGAUUAACAGAAAGAAAGAGGAGGAUGAAAAGGAAAUUUCAAGAAUGCACUAACUCAUUCAACAAGAGGUCGAUGAGAAAAAUAAAAGAGACAAAGAGGAGCAAGAGAGACAAGAAGACUUGGAGAGAAGAAAGAAGGAGAAAAUGGAAAUGGAGGAUGCUGCCCGUUACAUUCAGAGAAAGUGGAAAUGGUUCCAAGACGAAGGCAGAUUUUUAGCCAAGAAAAAGAAGAAGGAGCCUAUUAAAUUCGGUAAUCCAUGGACAGUUUUGCCUAUUAAAAAUGCCAAGCAAGCAAGAGAUCUUAUAGAAGUACAUCUCAGUGAUAGAGACAUUGAUAUGCUAGAGAAGUUUGAAGAUUUCCCCAAUUUAGAGACAGUGUGGUUGAAUAAUAACAAGGUAAUGUAUAUUUUUAUCAAUGAAUAUCAACUCAUGCCAUUCUCCAAUAUGAAACAUAACAUUGAUGGUACAAGGAAGUUUAAAUUCCUUGAGACUUUAUUGCUUUCAAACAACAGACUUAGAAAUCUAGAUAAGUUCAUAACAUUUUUAUCUAAGUUUGCUUUCCUUGAUCAGCUUGAUCUCUUUGGCAAUCCACUUAGUGAGGAGCCUGACUAUAGAUUAAAGAUCAUUUACGCUAUGCCUUAGAUCAAGAUUCUUGAUAGACAUCCUAUAACAACUGAGGAAAGAAUCAAAGCCUCUAAAUUAGACCCAGAAUAUGAGAGAAAAUAAGCCAAGUUCGUAUAGCCAACUAAAAUAAAGCCUAUUCCAGUAUCUCAGGCCUUCAGUAAAGGUGAAAAAGAUCUUUAUAAAGAAGUUGAUUAAAUCAAAAUGAGAACACUUAGAAUAGAGCAAGAUGAAGAGCAUAAAAGACAAUAGUUCUAUGAAAAGAAAACUUAUGUAGGAAUUCCAGUGCCAACUAAAAAGCAGGAAAAUAAAGAUAAAUUUGGCUAGAAUACUGAGGAUAAGCUAGAUGAAUGGGAGAAAAAUCAGGUGAAGAAGCUAUUUAGGGAAUAUGAUAAGGAUAAAAAUGGACUAUAAAAAGAUGAGUUAAAGAAACUAAUGAGAAGAUUAUCCUAGGAUGAUUGUAUUAUAGGAAAAGUUCCUGCUCUCAAUGAUGAUCAAAUUGAAAGAUUGUUUGAUGAGUGGAACACUAAUAAAGACAAUAAAGUUUCAUGGAUUGAAUUGAGAGAGGGUCUCAAUAAGUGGAAAUGGACUCUUAGUGAUAGAGAAAGGCUUAAUGACUUAGUUGAUAGUUUCUUUAAAUAGUCUUAGAAGUUCAAAAUGCAAGGAAAUGACAAAGAUUCAAAGGAAUAUGCAGCACGUGCACUUAGACUUUAGGGUUCAUUAACAAAGACUAAGCCAAUUGAGAUAGAGAAAAAGAGAGAGGAAGUUGUUCCAAAGAGAGGAGACUUCUUUCAUCUUAAGGUGUUUAGAAAGGACCCAACUAAUUCCUUCAUGGAUAAAUCCUCUACUUUUAAGUUUAAUCAAUGA